AUGGAAUGUGAACUCACUCAAGACACAGAAGAUGGAUCAGAGUUGGAUAUGUCUACUGAGAUGAAUGCCUUAUGGAAACGCUUUCGAUCACUUGAUGUUAUUGGGAAACGAGUGUUGAAGAGUAAAGUGCGUGAACUUGCUUUUCCAAGUACAAGUUCAAUAUGUCCACCACCUGAAAAAGUCAAAACCAAAGGAAGAGUGAAGAAGAGUAAGGGUAUGAAGCCAGAUGGAUAUGAUGUAUAUCGAGACCCUUCUAAGAGACAAGCCUUUCAAUCAAAGAAACACCCCUCUCAGUCAUCUCAUUCUUCAAAAAAUUUGUUAUUGAGACAAUUUCCUGAUAUUAUUCAGCCAUACAUUGAUGACAUAUUUGACGUGGCAGCUGAUGGAAAUUGUGGUUUUCGCGCUAUUGCAUUAUUGCUUGGUUUCGGUGAAGAGUGUUGGUCUUUGGUCCGCAAGAGAUUGGAUCAAGAGAUUGUUUCUCAUGUAACUCCAUAUGAUAGAUUGUUCACAGGACGCAUUAAAGAAGUAAGAGAUUCGUUGAUGAUAUCCGACUUAGGUGUUCAACCCAUGGAUAAAUGGUUGUCCAUACCUGAUAUGGGUUACUUAAAGAUGAAAGAUGGAUUUCCAAUGCCAGACAUUGCACCAGGUUGGAAGCAAUAUCGUACCAAUGAAGCAACUUCUUGGGCAAUAGCAUGCACAGGCCGUCUACAACACUAG